CUUUCCCUUUCAUGCACCAUGUUAAGCUUGCUUCCCUCAGAAAUAUUAUUUCAUAUAUUCUCCUUUUUAACUUAUGACGAAGUAUAUCAGCUAAGGAGUGUCUGUAGGAAGUUCCAAUGGAUGGGAGAAUAUCACAUUUAUCAACAAAUUAAGGCAUUGAACCAAACCGUUGUCCUGAAGUUGGAUGAAAGAAGGAAUAUUUGUGUAAAAUUAAUGGCCAAUAGCUACGACCCAAUCAACCGAGUCAUUGAAUUUAUGCCUGUGGAAAACGAGGUGGUAUCAUUAGCAAACACAGGCAAAAGGUUCGCAUAUCACAAAUUAUUAAAGGUUCAUUUCUCUUUAUGGAAUGAGUCGUCCCACACAAAGUUGCCCUUGGAACAUCUAGAGCCACAAGAUCAAGCCUUGUUCCUGUACCAUUACGCAUACAACUCGUCAAUAGAAAAAAUUUAUGAACUACCUCCGUGGAAUAAUAGUCAAGGAAAUAAAUCAACUCGUUACUUAGGAGACAAAGGAUUCAUCUUGUGUUUAUCCUAUCAACAGCCCAAGACCAACCUUUCGCCUAGUAUCUCCCCUGUGAUUGCAUCCCUACCUACUUCUUUUUAUGGUUACCCAACCUCCCCUGCUGCCACUUCUCCCAUACCUCCUGCACCAAAUUUAGACGUAAAAUGGAUCCGUGUGACAUUGGAUUGGGUACUCUCAGGUCUAAAACCCUCUAUUCCGACAACUCAGAUAUAUGAACAUAGUUUUAUCAGAUUAAAUCAGUUGCUUGCCAAGGAAGGAUGCUUUAAAUAUGAUCCGUUAUCCGAACCAGUUUUGGAUUACAUCAUCAGGCAGCAGGAUAACUCGAAAAUGGAAUUACCGCAAACCUUAUUAAAUUUCGUACAUACACACACACACGAAUGUCACACUCGUCUGUCACGUUUACAACAUAUGCUUGAAGGAGCUGGUGUGGAUGCUCAAGUUUUGUGGAAGUAUACGUUUGCAAAAUCAUUUGUAGUAGGUAAUGGUAGCUUAUUGGGUGAAGAAGAUGUUGUACGUCGUAUACAGGAUUCUGAAGAAGAAUGGAGACAAAAGAAACUAAGCUUUGUUCGUAAGCUGAAAGUUAACCUAGUUAAUUAUUAAUUUAUUUGCAUUGUAUAUUUAUACAUCUUUAUUACUAAUAACAUUCCCACCUCCUCC